AUGUCGCUCCAGGUCAAUGACCCACGGUCGGGCACCCGCUCCAAGUCCCCUGGUCGCAGCCGCGAACGCUCCCGGUCGCGCGACAGCCGAGUGCCCUCGCCCUCUCGCGAGCAUUCCCGCGAGCGUUCCCGCGCCCGUUCACCAGUGGUCGAAAUCGCUCCCAAAUCCUCCAAGUCGGCUAGUCGAAGCUAUGGUUCUGACGAGGAGGCCGAGAUUGAGCGCCAGUACAAGUUGCUAAAAGAGGGUCGUUUGCGCGAUCCUCGCGCCGAGACCGAGAAUCCGCGCGGUCUGGUAUCUCGUGCCCCUCGUAGCCCCGCUCGCUACGAUGCUCGUUCGGACUCGGAUGAUUCGAAACGUCGCGAGAGAGGUGCGGAUAAUUCGCGCCGUCGUGAUGACCGUGAUCGUGAUGAUCGCUAUGAGCAUUCAGAUGAUGAUGUGAGGGUUGCGCACCCGCGCGAACAUCCCAGUCGCUCGCAGCAGCGCCCACCUGUGUCGCCUGUUCGUCCGAGCCGGCGAGAUCAUUCGGACUCGGGCUCGGAUUCGGAUGAUCACUUAGCCUAUGGCGACGACCCUGGAAGUCAUCCUAGCUAUGCGCGACCCGGAAAGUACCAGUAUGCGCAGCCGGCGGGCUUCCCACCUUCUCAACCUGGUGCGCGCAAGCCUGGCUACCCUGGAGAAGGCACGGACUGGGCGGCUGUUCCCGAGUGUGAGCGUCCGGGCUUCGUGCCGCCUUCUUCGCAGGCUGGACCGCCGACGUCCAUGCCCGGGGGGUUACCCGCGGGCUCAGGGUACCCUGAUGGUCCUGCGACGAUGGCACCAUCAUACCCUAAGCCGCAGUACGUAGGUCCUCAGCAACCGGCCUAUGCGCAACCCUCGUCUGGUCCGUAUGUUCCGACGCAUUACCGCACUGCCUCUGCCGCCGACGCUCAUGCGGCUCCGGUGAACUAUGCCCAGCCCGGACAGUACCAGUAUGCGCAGGUCGAUCCUAACGUCCGGUAUACUUCCAAGGCAACGCCCGUGCAGCCGUACACUGCUUCGCCACAGGAGCAAUUCUCUAAGCCACGCGAUUCAUUCUCCAAGUCCCAGUAUGCAGAUCAACCUGCAUAUCCGUACAGGUAUAGCAAUGAGCCUCAAUUCGUAGACAGGUCGCACCCGCAAUCGCAAAUGCAACCGCAGCCGCAGCCUCCUCCGCUUCCCCAUUCGCAAUUUCAGCCGUCUCAUCACCAGCCUCAGGUUGUUGAGAUCACCCCCGGGGGCGGGCGUGGUCGGCCUCAUAGUCUCUCUGUGUCGUCGGGGAAUAAUCUGGCUGUUGCUGGUGCUCAUGGCCAUGUUGGACAUCCGCCGGCGAGUCCUUUACUGGAGCCUUACCGUGGGACCUAUCAAUCUAUGUCGCCCAUGCCGUCGCCGAUUAUGAUGCCUUCGCGUGACGAUGACAUUUCCGACUUUGAGCAGUUGGAUGGUGGUGGUACAUCGAAUUCCGAAUCCGGCCGUCGCAAGCGCAGCUCGAGAAGCGAAAAAGAGACUCGUAUCCGAAGCAGCAAGGACAAGACCAAGGAGAAAGAAAAAGAGCGAGAUCGUGAUGGCGAUCGAGAUGAUCGCAAAGAUGACAAGCGCCGUAGCCGGCCAUCUGGCCAUGACCGACACGAGUCGAGCUCAUCCAUGCGCGGCGACGCCGUGGUCCUCGUCUCUCCCUCAAGCGACAGAAAGCGCGUAUCAUUCUACGAUGCAGCAUCGGACGCCUUAACCAUGCAAGGCGCCCUCAAUCACACCCGCAACAUCGAUAACAAAGCCAUCAUCCAAGUCUUACCCCGUCUCAGUACUGACGAGAUCCUCAUCCUCCGACAAGAAUACAAAAACAAGGUCAAGAUGCACGGCAAAGGAAUCAACCUCGCCAAACACCUCCGUCUCAAACUAGGAAAUUCGAACUUCGGCAAAGUUGCCUACGCAACUGCCCUCGGCCGCUGGGAAUCAGAAGCAUACUGGGCAAAUUGCUAUUACCAAGCCGGCACAUCUCGUCGCGAACUCCUCAUCGAGUCUCUCAUCGGUCGCUCCAAUGCCGCUAUCCGCGAGAUCAAGUCGUGCUUCCGCGACACGAGGUAUAACGACAGUUUGGAGCGCUGUAUGCGUGCUGAGCUGCGCGCUGAUAAAUUCCGCGUCGCCGUCUUGCUUGCUCUCGAAGAACGCCGCCAGGAUGAGCGCGAGCCGAUAGAUACCAGACUCAUACGUCAGGAUGUCUCGGAUUUGCAUCGCGCGCUAGUGUCGAAGGAGGGCGGUGAGACCGCUAUGAUUCACAUCAUUGUCUUGCGGAGCGAUGCGCAUCUCCGCGAGGUCUUGCGUACAUACGAGGGAUAUUAUGGGCAGAAUUUCGCUCGCGCUAUGAUCGCCAAGUCGCGGAACCUGGUGGGCGAAACCCUUGCCCACAUCCUCAAUGGCGCAAUCAAUCGUCCCAUGCGUGACGCCCUUCUUCUUCACCAAGCCCUUCGGGAAUCCAGGUCCGGUCGCGAGCGAUCCGAACUAUUGAUCUCGCGUCUUGUCAGGCUGCAUUGGGAGCCCAGACAUCUGGAGCUGGUCAAGGCGGAGUAUCGGAGACGUUAUAAUGAGAGGCUCGAGGAGGCGAUUGCGGAAGAGGUUAUGUCAUCUAGUGGGGGGACGGAGUGGGGGGGAAUUUUGUAUUGA